ACCCUUAUUUGCGUAAUUUUGGUAUCUAUAUCCGACUUCGACUCUGAGCUGAGUUGAGUCUGACUGCUGCUAGAUUUGUAUAAAUGACGUCCUCUUUCUCCUGACAGACAAAUAGGAAAUGAUACUAAGUACAACCUUUCGAUGUAUGCAGUCAGCUGCUCCUUUGCAUAACUUCACAAUCGGGACAUUUUCUGGUCUUUGUUCAGUUGCUGUGAGAACAAUGAGUGACCAUAUGGACAAAACUGCUCAAAGCUUCAGAGAACCGGGCAUAAGUGAAGCAGAAGUAGUGUCCAUUGAUCAGGCAUCAGAGACGGUCAAAGUACUAAAACUUAAGGUCGAUGACCCCUCUUUCACGUUCAAGGCUGGCCAAUGGGUUGACUUUUUCAUAGAGGGGUUAGAUAUCUUCACUGGGUAUUCCAUGUGCUCUGGUCCUACUCAGCUCAAAGAUGAUUCCACAAUAGACUUGGCUGUUAAAUUCAGCGACUACCCUCCCACUGUAUGGGUGCAUAAUCAGUGUACCGUCGGGUCAAAGGUCAAAGUUAGAACAGGAGGGGACAAGCUGGUCUUUGACCCCAAACCUGGUGACCCAUCCUGGAAUGUUCUACUAAUCGGAGGGGGGAUCGGUAUCAAUCCCCUCAUGUCAUUGAUGGACCAUGCAGCAGAUCUCCAUGAGCAGAAGAAAGCUAAUCCCCAGGGAUACACCCCUGGAAAAAUGGAACUGCUCUUCAGCGCUUCAACCAAGAAUGAACUUAUAUUCAAGGACACCAUUGAUGAGUUGAUCUCAAAGCAUUCACCAGACAUUGCUGCUAGGUUUUAUGUGACCAAAGACUCGGACGUUGAUUCACCAAUAUCAAAUCGUAGGAUAGAUGCGAGUGACAUUAAGUCAUCUCUGGAGAGGUUACGAGAUGGUCCUCUAAGAUGCUUUGUAUGCGGUCCUCCUACCAUGAUAGCGGAUAUGGAAGGGUUGCUUAGCAACGAGGGCAUCCCUGCAUCAGAUGUUUUGUGUGAGAAGUGGUGGUAAUGAUGGAAGAUUAUUAAAUGCAAUAAUUGGAUAGGUGGAGACCUUGGGUAUACUUUAGGUGCGGUUGCAAGUGAAUCAUUCCAUUAUAAUAUCAUGUGACAUCUUGUUAUCGAAGAUACAAUCUGUUAAAAGUGAACCCUGCCAAACCACUGUCGUUUACCACUACAAUAAUCUGCCAAGCGCUUAGAGAUGUCGUUCCGAUGUAUUAAGCGCUAUGUAAAAGUGGAAUAUUAUUAUUAUUCAAAUAAGGUUAGGCAAUUUCUGUUGAUAAUUUUUCAUGACGGGGGGGGGGGGGGGGGGGGGGGGGGGAUGACCCUCUCUCAUACAAUGUAGGAUACUGCAUAUAUAUAUAUAAUUCUUUUUUUUGGGGGGGGGCUGCCCACCCUACCCCCUCCUCCAUUUAUACAUGUACAAUUAUGUCGCCUGUAUUUUUCUUUUUUUCAGAUUUGUAAUGAAGGUUUAGGUUUGAGGGUAGGGGGUUGGGAAAUCCUAGGGGGUACAUGCCCUUGCAACCUACAUAUGGUUCAAAUGCUCUUCAAAAUAAACUGUACAGUACUGCAUUAGAGCGUAGUCAAUUCAGACAUUCCAAUAAUUGCGUCUUACUGUUCUGAAACACGUUCAUGUAUUCUGCUAGAUGCAUGUCACAAAUAAUAUAUAUUUUUCAAACAUCUCACCAUGUGCAGACAUGAUGAAAACAUCUAUGUUCUUGAUUGAAAUUAGUUAAUAAGCAAAGAUUUGUUUUAAGAUGUUGCUUUAUUUAUUUAGAGGACAAACCAUGCUCUUGCCAGAUGAUUUUGAUGGAACUUGUUGAUUUGUUAUUGUUAUAUACUCAAAACUUCUUAUUUUGAAUAGAUUCUAAUAACAAGCAUUAGGGAGUUUAAAAUGGAUGAAACAUGGCAAGUGCUGGUUCUUUUCAUGUCAUUUUUUGGGAAAACUGCUAAUUACCUAUUGUGGGAACCUAUGCAGAUACUAUAUCAGGUAUUGAAUUGUACAGUCACUAUGUAAAGUUGUGUGUGUGAAUGUUCUAUAAUAAUUGUGAUCUAGAUACAUGUAUGGUAUAUUUUAGUUUAUACAAGGGGCUGACGUACGCUGAUGUGGGUAUGGCAAGCUCUUUUAUCAUUUAAUCCAACUUUCACAAAUUGAAUUCUUGAUAUCAAGAAAUAUUUUUUGGGGGUGGUAACAUUGAUAUUUCUUUGUAUGAAAGAAUAUGAUAUAGAAAAAUCAGGAAAUAAGAUUUAUGUUAAAAUGGCUAUCUCUUAUGUUGGCCCAAUCCUGGUGUGACAGUAAAUAGGUAUGUAUUAUCCUUCCUUCUCUCUCUGUCCCUCCCUCUCGCUCUCUCUCUGCGUCUCUCCCUUACCACCCCCCUUUCUCUUGCUAUCAUUCUUAUUUCCCCCUUUCCUGCAUAUUAUCUUUAUUUACACAAAUAUAUUAUGAUUGGAUUUCAUGUAAAGAAGAGAUAUAAAAUUAAAUAUCAAAUAUGCUCAAAUUAUUAAUUUAGACAAUAAAUCUAAUAUCUUCAUUGUGA